CUUUCUGUUUCCCGGGAAAACGAGAGAACGGCAGCCACGACGGCGGCCCAUUCGUCGUGAAAUCGCUCGAGGAACAUGAUCCGCGUGGACGAAUCAGACCCAGUGGGAGAGAUCGAGCCCAGUUUCCCAUAUAGAGAUGUGACGGUACGCCGAGGUGUCGAGUUCAAGGACGAUUAUGACAUACAGUCGGAGCUCGGACGGGGAAAAUUUGGAAUCGUUUAUCGAUGCAAGGAGAAAAGGAGCGGCUUGAUGCUCGCCGCGAAAGUGGUGAACGUCGUGAAGAAGGAAGACAGACGUGCUGUGCAGAGAGAAGUAGACAUUAUGCGACGCUUACAGCAUCCACGGUUGAUUCAGCUGUACGACUCCAUUGACGCGGGGAAACAGAUAUAUGUCGUUCUAGAAUUGAUCGACGGCGGCGAGCUCUUUGAGAGAGUGAUAGACGACGAUUUCGUACUGACGGAACGCAGUUGCGCCGUAUUUAUGCGGCAAAUAUGCGAGGGAAUAGAAUUCAUGCAUGGUCAAAAGAUCUUGCAUCUCGAUCUAAAACCGGAGAAUAUUCUAUGCCUAACGAAGGAAGGUAACAGAAUCAAAAUCAUCGAUUUUGGUUUAGCAAGAGAAUACGAUCCAAGUAAGAAACUACAAGUGUUGUUUGGUACACCUGAGUUUGUCGCCCCAGAAGUCGUAAACUUUGACCAAAUUGGAUUCGGUACUGACAUAUGGAGCAUAGGUGUUAUCUGUUACGUAUUAUUGUCCGGUUUAUCACCGUUCAUGGGCGACACGGAUAUAGAGACAAUGGCGAAUGUUACCAUUGCAAAGUACGACUUUGAUCACGAGGCCUUCGCCGAGAUCUCAGAGGACGCGAAAGAUUUCAUAAGAUGCCUUCUGGUGAAAGACAAAGAAAAGCGAAUGACGGCGGCGCAAUGUCGGGAGCACCGUUGGUUGGUCCGAAAAAUGAUCAAGCCGAAGAGCGAGAAGGAGACCGCGGGAUUGGCGGCGGCCAAAAGGAUGGCCUUCAUCGAGAAUCGUCCUGUCAUCAGCGUUAUCGACAGAGAUGAGCUGGACGUGACCAAGGACAAUCUCAGGCAGUUCGUCGAACGUUGGCGGGAACACCCGGACAGCCCGUACACGAUCGACUCGUAUCACGCGUUACCGAGGAAUCCGCUUCGCGAUCGCGACGAAUCCAUGUCUCUGCGGGGUCACAGUCCCUCUCCCUGCGACAGUCUUCGCAGCAGCAGCACGCAAUCGGAGAGGGUGACGAUGGACUCCGUCAUGAGAGAUAAUUCUAGCCACUUGUCUGUGCCAAGUCUCAGCCUGUCCUUAGAAAGGAGAGCUUCCGAAGGUACGGCUGCGCGAAAUCGUCGCGAUCCCGCCAGUCAGAUCGCUUUGGCCGAGGAGAUCAUCAAACUGUCCGAGCACUUGCGCUCGAUCGCCACGGGAUCGCAGACGAGUGAAGAAAAUAAUGAAGACGCAACGGCAGUGCAACAGUCCACCAAGAAGCCUGGCGACGUCGAAAAUAAUCAUAAUAUCUCGAAGAGCAACAUUAAAAUGACCGCGUCUUAUGUCAGUAAAGAGUCAAACGAGAUCACGGAGAAACUGUCCAGUAUCACUCGACAGCGAAAACUCAACGGGACGACCUUUCAUAGUAGUCGUAGUUUGGACAGAUACAAUUUCGAUACAAAUUUCAAUAACGUGUUUGUGGCCUUGAGGAGGACGAGUAUCGGCGAUAGCGAUGCGUCUGAUAGACGAAGGGAUUCUCAAAAAUAUUCCCUCGAACGGACGGCGAUCACCAAGGCGAUGGAGGAGAAGUUCAACGGGGAAAAGAUCGGCAGAAGAAGGUCUUCCGUUGCUCCGGAGGAAAUGGACUUGACGCCACCUUGGCGGCGAUCGCGAGUGAAACGAUCCUUCGGCGAAACUAGCAGGGACGUUCCACGGAUAUCGAAUUUGCGGGAUCUGCACAAGAAUCUGAAUCUGGACGAGCCGGGCAGCGCCAAGGAUCUGCUGUUGCAUCUAUUAGGCGAAUGGGAGGAGGUCACCACGACAUCCUGCAGCGGUAACGGUGCCAGCGGCAAUGUCGGCAGGAAGUCUAUGAGCCUGGAUUGGUGUGCCGCUGACACGAUCGCCAGGAAGACGAUGAAUUCAUUGGCGGAGUAUUUCCAGUCGAAACAACAGGAAACGAAAUCUUCCGACGUCGCGUCAUCCACGUCGCCGACGAUAUAUCGUUGAAUGAUACGUUCAUCCCGUUACAGGUUGCGCAUUUGCGAAUUUUGAGAAUUGGUCGACGAAUUGGUGGACGAAUCAGAAAAAUGCGUGGCGUUAACAAGCUUAUCCAAUCAGAAUUUUAGAUCUAGAAGAAUACAUCAAAUAGCAACGAGCGCUCAUUCGAUUGUUGAGUCUGUUGAAUGCGCCCAUUCUUUCUUCUUUUCGAUCGCAAAUGUUACUUUGGGACGGUUUGAAGCUUAAGAUGAAGUUUAUGCGUCAAACGCUUAGGGCAAUAAUAUACUUGAUGAAAUCGUAAAAAUUAAUCUAUGAAAAUAUAAAUCUCUGUAAUUGUUAAAGUUGAAAAUUGAUUUUAUACCCCUUUGAAUUCAUUUCGAUCAUUUAUGUGUUAGAGAACACUGUUAUAAAUAACAAAUAAGUGCACUCUUAUCCCUUAUUUAACUUUAAGUUUUUAAGAAGAGAUUAAGAAAUGCAGAAGAAUUUUUAAAUAUAUUAAGAGGAGUGGAUAAUAAAAAGUAUCGGUAACUUUUAAAUAUCUUAACGCCUGCUUAAGUUCGGUGAUCAUCUGAAUCAUCUCCGUUUCUUAUUUUUACAAUUAAAAAUAAGACAGAAUCUUGCAAUUUCGUGACACUUCAGGAAAAAUGUAUAUAUAAAACGUUACGAAAGUGCAAGAUCACAGAAUUUUCUGUAAUCAAACUCGAAAUAUGUAGAUUCUAAUGGAUAUUUAUGCACAGAGAGAUAAAAAUGAAUAAUGGAGAUGGUGGCUUUAAUGAAGACUGUGAGAGAACGAUAAAAAAAAACUUAUGAAUUACAAAUAAAGUCUACGCAGUUAUAUUUUAUAUUCUAAGCAGACUUCUCAAUAGUUGUGUACCAUCAGCACACCCUCCAAUUAUUAAUAUUUUUAUAUGCGUCAGAAUACGACACAUUAAUUUUCAUCAAGAUAUCUCUAUCGUUUUGAUUCAAUUUAAUCCCUUGCGAACUAAUAAACCUAUCGACGCUUUUAAUAACAAGAAUGACGCAAUUAUUCGUUCCGAAUUCAAAAAAAUUCUUUCUCUACAAGCAACUUUUAUAAGUUCCACAAGAAACUGUUACAUUUAAUACACAUAUAUUGUACU